AUGUAUAUUUCUUUUUUCCUUUUCUUUUCUUUCUUUCUUUCUUUCUUUCUUUCUUUCUUUCUUUCUUUCGUUGAUCUCACUAAGCACCAUAUUUAUCAGGAUACUUUAAACAUAUUUCUUUCUUGUUCGAAUUCUCUUUCUUUCUUUUCUGUUUUGUUCUGUCCUGUUCUAUUCUUUCUUUCUUUCUUUCUUUCUUUCUUUCUUUCUUUCUUAUUUGUUUACCAAACCUUACUUUUUCCACACAUCUGUUCUGUUCUUUCUUUCUUUCUUUCUUUCUUUCUUUCUUUUCUUUCUUAUUUGUUUACCAAACCUUACUUUUUCCACACUUCUGUUCUGUUCUUUCUUUCUUUUAUUUCUGUUUUUCUUUUUUCUUUCUUUCUUUUCUUUUCUGUUCUUUCUUUCUUUCUUUCUUAUUUGUUUACCAAACCUUACUUUUUUCCACACUUCUGUUCUGUUCUUUCUUUCUUUUCUUUUCUUUCUUUCUUUUCUUUCUUUUUUCUUUCUUUCUUUCUUUCUUUCUUUCUUUCUUUCUUUCUUUCUUUCUUUCUUAUUUGUUUACCAAACCUUACUUUUUCCACACUUCUGUUCUGUUCUGUUCUGUUCUUUCUUUCUUUCUUUCUUUCUUUCUUUCUUUCUUUCUUUCUUUCUUUCUUUCUUAUUUGUUUACCAAACCUUACUUUUUCCACACUUCUGUUCUGUUCUUUCUUUCUUUCUUUCUUUCUUUCUUUCUUUCUUUCUUUCUUUCUUAUUUGUUUACCAAACCUUACUUUUUCCACACUUCUGUUCUGUUCUUUCUUUCUUUCUUUCUUUCUUUCUUUCUUUCUUUCUUUCUUUCUUUCUUUCUUUCUUUCUUUCUUUCUUAUUUGUUUACCAAACCUUACUUUUUCCACACUUCUGUUCUUUCUUUCUUUCUUUCUUUCUUUCUUUCUUUCUUUCUUUCUUUCUUUCUUUCUUAUUUGUUUACCAAACCUUACUUUUUCCACACAUCUGUUCUGUUCUGUUCUGUUCUUUCUUUCUUUCUUUCUUUCUUUCUUUCUUUCUUUCUUUCUUUCUUUCUUUCUUUCUUAUUUGUUUACCAAACCUUACUUUUUCCACACUUCUGUUCUGUUCUUUCUUUUUCUUUCUUUCUUUCUUUCUUUUUUCUUUCUUUCUUUCUUUUUUCUUUCUUUCUUUCUUUCUUUCUUAUUUGUUUACCAAACCUUACUUUUUCCACACUUCUGUUCUGUUCUUUCUUUCUUUCUUUCUUUCUUUCUUUCUUUCUUUCUUUCUUUCUUUCUUUCUUUCUUUCUUUCUUUCUUAUUUGUUUACCAAACCUUACUUUUUCCACACUUCUGUUCUGUUCUUUCUUUCUUUCUUUCUUUCUUUCUUUCUUUCUGUUUUUUUCUUUCUUUUCUUUCUUUCUUUCUUUCUUAUUUGUUUACCAAACCUUACUUUUUCCACACUUCUGUUAUGUUCUUUCUUUCUUUCUUUUUUCUUUCUUUUUUCUUUCUUUCUUUCUUUCUUUCUUUCUUUCUUUCUUUCUUUCUUUCUUUCUUAUUUGUUCACCAAACCUUACUUUUUCCACGCUUCUGUACUGUUGUAACUGGAAAUUUCUCUUUUGUCUUUUUUCUUUCUCUCCCAUCUCUCUCUCUCUCUCUCUUUCAUUCUCUCUCUCUCUUUCAUUCUCUCUCUCUCUUUCUCUCUCUCUAUCUCUUGCGAUGGGAAGAAUCAAAUCUGGUUUUCAGAUUUUUAUACUAA